AUGACGGGGACACUGUGGUAUACGCUUGGGAUUUCGGCCUUUGCUGCCAUUGGCACGUUUGUGUUUGGAUUCGAUACUGGCAUUGCUACAACGACAAUUGCACACCAAAGCUGGAUCGACUACAUGAGUGAGCCAUCAAAGGGUUUGACCGGUGCCGUUGUUUCUGUAUAUAUCGCUGGCGAGGCAGGUGGAGCUUUAUUCCAAACACUCAUCGGCGACGCACUCGGUCGAAUUCGCUUCUUGCAGUUGAUGUGCGUGAUUGUUACCAUCGGCGUUGUUAUUCAGACUGCUUCUAUCAACAUUGGCAUGUUCCUUGCAGGCCGCGCGCUCGCGGGGUUUGCGGUGGGUGGGAUGGUCGCAACCGUACCUAUCUAUCUCUCUGAAAUCGCCGCCCCGGACGUCCGUGGCCUUAUCGGUGGCAUCUCAGGCUGCGGAAUAUCCUUGGGCACCAUGGCCUCGAACUGGGUCGGAUUCGCCUGCAGCUACGCACCAUACGGUGCCGUCCAGUGGCGCCUUCCUCUCGGAAUUCAGAUACCGUUCGGCAUUUUACUAUUCAUAGGCCUAGCGACAUUUAUGCCGAAUUCUCCUCGUCAACUGAUCCGGAGCGGUAAGAUAGACGAAGCACGCCGCGAGUUUAUGAGGAUUAGGAAAGACCUUGCGAGCCAUGAAGUACAUGAGGAGUUUGUGCUCAUGAGGCGGCAGAUCGAGUUUGAACAGCAGAGAGAGAUUAAAAGUCUGCGGGAGGUGUUCCGCUUGUUCAGGCACAGAGCACUUGCUUCUAUUGCCGUACAAACCAUGACAAGUCUCACAGGGGUCAAUGUCAUUCAGUACUACCAAACAAUCCUGUUCAAGUCCCUCGGAAUUAACAGCCACAUGAUCCUGGCCCUGGCCUCCAUAUAUGGCACUCUCGCGUUCACUUCGAAUGUGAUUACUACGAGAUACGUUCUUGAUCAAUGGGGUCGUCGAAAGAUGAUCCUCGCCGGCCUCUCCGGGAUCAUAGUGAUCGAGAUAUACGCCGCCGUCAUGCAGCGCGAGUUCCAAAACACAAACAACAAAGUCGGCAAGGGUUUCGCUGUGCUGGGAAUCUAUUUGUUUGUUGUGACCUAUUACGGACUUCUCAAUUCAACGACAUGGUUGUACGGUUCAGAGGUACUCCCCAUCAAUUUGCGGUCCAAAGUCAUGGGAUUAGCAGCCGCAUCGCAUUUCAUCGUCAAUGUCGGGAUUACUGAGGCCGGGCCAUCGGCGUUCGCCAAUAUCAAAGAGAACUAUUACUACGUCUUCGUCGGAUGCUCGUGUUUCUUCCUCAUGGUGGCAUAUUUCUACUUCCCAGAAACAAAGAAGAAGACUCUCGAAGAGAUUGCUGCCGCCUUUGGUGACAAGGUCGUCUUACUGACCGAGAAUGAUCUUGCGGUCGAGACUGCAGUCAUGGAAGACAAGGUUGGUGCUGUGCAAGUGGAGAGCACCACUACAGCACAGUCCAAGGUGUGA